AUUAUAUUUUGAGGGUUUGUUUCUUUUGUUUUAAGGGAAUAUAAUUUUUAAAGUUCACCAAAGUAAUUUUUUAUUCGAAGAUCAGAGCCCAAAUGAAUCUUUAAACUUAUCUAAUUCAUCACAAAUAUCUGACGAAGAAACUCAUUUACAUGAUGAGAGAUUAGAUAGCACGGAUAAACGAGAAGAAUAAUUUGAUAAUAUAUAUUUCAAAAUGGAUAAAUGGUUAUUAAAAGAAAGUAGUUCAGAUUCAGAGAAUGAUUUUGGAGAUAAUCAAGAUGAUCAAGAUCAAAAUUUCAAGAAACCUAGAGUACUGAAAAGAUUAAGUGAUAAAAAAAAAGUUGUGGCUCCUAAAUUUUGUGAUGCCUGGCUUAAUAACUCAGAAUUUAAAAAUUGGUUAAAAAAAUCAGUUCACAAUAAUCUUACUAAAGCUUUUUGUAAGAUUUGUUUAACUGAAAUAACUUGCUACAACAAAAAUAGUCUCCAAAGACAUGCAAAAUCAGCUAGACAUUUAUCAAAUGUCUCAAAACCUAUUAAUAAUAAUGUUAUUGAUAAUUUAAUUCGAGAGACACCAUAGAACCGACAGAUAAAAAAAGCUGAGUUGAUACUUAGUGCAGUGAUAGCAACAAAAUGUUUAUCUUUUUCGAUAAUGGAUGUUCUCGGACCUAUUAUCACAAAAAUAUUUCCAGAUUCUAAGAUAGCAAAAAAUCUAUCUAUGAAAAGAACAAAAACAACCGCAACAGUUAAAAGUUUGUCAAAAAUACUAAUGAAAAAUUUAUGUGAUGAUUAUUUACAAAUUCCGGGAACUUUCUUUUCAUUGAUAAUGGAUGAAACGACAGAUACUAAAAACAUAAAACAAUGUGCAUUCACUGUUAUUUAUUAUGACGAAUCGACUCAAAAAAUUACAACUAAGUUUUUCGACUUAGCGGAGACGGAUGAAGGUGAUGCUGAAGGACUUUAUUCAUUAUUGGAAAACGCUGUGACCCAUAAAAAAAUACCAUUAGAUAAUUUCAUUGGAUUUUCAUCUGACACAACUAAUGUAAAGGUUGGUGAUAAAAAAUCAAUUUUUGCUUUGCUAAAACAAAAUAUUGAUGGGAUUGUUACGGUUAAAUGUUCGUGCCAUAUGAUUCACCUCGUUGCUUCAAAAGCAUGUGCCAAAUUAUCAAAAUCAGCCGAAGAUUUACUACGAAAUUUAGGAUCUUAUUUUCAUCGCAGUUGGAAAAGAAUCAAAGAAUUGCAAGAAUUUCAAGAAUAUUUUGAAGUCAAAAUCCACCGAGUUUUAUCUCCUAGCAACACCCGUUGGUUGUCAUUAAAAAGCUGCGUUGACCGUAUUCUUGAACAAUACACGCCACUUCAAGUUUAUCUUCAAGGCCAAUUAUUAAAGGACCCAUCACCAACAUUACAAACUAUGCUAAAAACGAUGGAUAAUCGUUUUACAUUUAUUACUCUACAAUUUUUGAGUUAUACUUUAGGUGUUCUUACUGAUUUUAAUCUAAUGUUCCAGACUGAAAAACCAGUAUUGCAUAAAGUUAAGCCGGAAAUUGAAAAUCUUAUGAAAGAUAUAUGUUCAAAUUACAUGGAUAUUGCAUACAUUAGAAAAAAUGAUAUAUUUAAUGUAGAUCACAAAAAUCCUCGCUUAUUUGUGCCAUUAGAUAAAAUUUAUAUUGGUUUGGAUGCAAAUGAAAGUCUACUAGAAUUGAUCGAAAAUAAUGAAGUUCAAAGUUCGGAUGUUAUAGAAUUUAGAAAUAAAAUUCUUAAUUUCUAUAUUGAAGUUAUAAGUGAAAUUAAAAAGCGAUUUGAUUUUAGUGACUCAUUAUAUACAUUUUUACAAAUCUUAGAACCAAAACAAGCUAGAUCUUACACCAUUAAAUCUUUAGGUGUUAUUUUAAAAAGGUUUCCGGUAUUACAAAAAUAUGUUGUGCUUCAAGAAUUAGACAACGAGUGGAAAAAGCAUGCUUUAUUGAAUUUAAGUGACUAUGGUAUUAAUAUUAAUUCAGAAUCUGAGGAUUAUUGGAAGCAAAUUUUUAAUCUCAAAAACGCUGAUGGCCAAGUUAUAUUUGAAAAUCUAAAAAAAGUUAUAAACUUUCUACUUAUUCUACCGUUUUCUAAUGCUUCUGUAGAAAGAAUUUUCAGCGAUGUAAAGAACAUAAAAACAGAUCAUAGAAAUAAUUUGUCGACGGAAACCUUAAAAUCUAUUUUAAUAACUAAAAAUUUUAUAUCUAAGGAUAGUGAAAUUAUUAAUUUUGAGCCAACAAACGAAAUGAUUGACGCAAGUAUUUGGGAAAAUUAA